UGGACACCUAAGACAAUGUCAUGUGGUAAAAAGCUAUUACAAGUACUUUUGAAUAACUUAACAACAUAUGCUUUACGUUGGAGUUGUGACAGUGACCCACUUUGUGACACAACACCAUCGAAAAAAAUCUACCAUCGAAAACUCUCUUUGGUUGCGUUGCACUUCCUUUUGUGUAAGUGGAGUUUUCUCUUCACCCAGGGUUCGACACAGUUGUCAACCACAGAGCAGAGCUGCAGCUUCCUGUUUCUGAAGAUGAAUCCCUGUGGGUUAUUUCUUCUACUCCUGCUGAUGAGUAGAAAUGGACUGUGUCAACAAGAGGAAGUCUGCUCCAAGUCAGUGAUUAACUCCUGCAAUGACUGUAUCAGAUCUGGACCAUACUGCGUAUGGUGUCAGCAGCUGAAUUUCACCAAACCUGGUGAGCAGGAAGCAGCGCGCUGUGACACCAAAGCUCAGUUGAUGGCGAGAGGCUGCACGGACAUAGAGAUCAUCUCCCCCCGGAACACACAAACAAUCAUCACCAAUAAACCACUGUCUAGUUCAUUCACCCGGCAGGAGCCCGUACAGCUCAGUCCACAGAAGAUCAGUCUGAAAUUGAGACUUGGGCUUCCCACCACGUUCAGUGUUCAUUUUAAAAGAGUUGAGGGUUACCCUGUUGAUCUCUACUACCUGAUGGACCUGUCUUACUCCAUGAAAGACGACCUGGAAAAUGUCAAAGGACUGGGGCAGAGUCUGUUUGCAGCUUUGAAAAAAAUCACUGCUCACGCUCAAAUUGGGUUUGGUGCCUUUGUUGAUAAGACAGUCCUUCCUUACACGAACACCAAUCCAGAGAAACUAAGGAGGCCAUGCGACGACAAUUACCAGCAGUGUCAGGCUGCCUUUGGUUAUAGACAUGUUUUGAGCUUGACAUCAAAGGAGGAAGACUUCAAGACCAAAGUGAAACAGCAGUUCAUCUCUGGGAACUUGGACUCUCCAGAGGGAAGCCUUGAUGCAAUAAUGCAGGCUGCCGUGUGUGGGGACAAAAUAGGAUGGAGGAACAGCAGCACUCGGCUGAUUGUACUCACCACUGAUGCUGGAUUCCACAUGGCUGGUGAUGGAAAACUGGCAGGAAUACUUGAACCCAAUGAUGAACAGUGCUACAUGGAAUCCAGUAUUUAUGGCAGGAGCAGUGAGAUGGACUACCCGUCUGUGGGACAACUGGCGAGGCAGUUGGAAAAGAACAAUAUUCAACCUAUAUUUGCUGUGACGAAAAAUAUGGAGGAUGUGUAUAAGAAACUCUCUAAAAUGAUUCCAAAGUCGGAGGUGGGAGUUCUGUCAACAAAUUCUGACAAUGUGGUCAAUCUCAUUGUAAAUGCCUACAAUCGACUUUCUUCCAGCGUUACUCUGACCCAUGACACACUCCCUGACAAUGUCAGAGUUGUCUAUACUCCGAUCUGCAGUAAUCCAGGACCAGCAGGGGACGCCAAAGGGAUUUGUAACAAGGUCCAUGAUGGAGACGAGAUCUCUUUUAAUGUCACUGUGACAGCACACUCUUGUAUGGAGAGCCAGUCUUUCACUAUCAGUCCACUGGGCAUUAAAGACACAUUGACAGUGAGCUUGUCGACGAACUGUGAGUGUUUGUGUGAGGACCCCAAUGACAAAAAACACUCUCACUGUAGGAUGAAUGGGAGAGUCAGCUGUGGUAUUUGCAGCUGUAAUGAAGGCCACGUUGGUCAGUUCUGCGAGUGUGCCGUCGGUGAGAAAGGCGGCCAAUCCCUAAGGUCAACCUGUCAGAGGCAAAACGGCACAGAAUGCGAGGGUCGAGGAGACUGUGUCUGUGGUCGAUGCCGGUGCCACACCACAGAGAGUGGGAAAAGUUACCAUGGUGACUUUUGCGAGUGUGAUGAUGAGCACUGUGAAAAGUACAAGAAUAAGCUGUGUGGAGGUAAUGGGAGGUGCAUAUGUGGCAAGUGUAACUGCGGUUCGGGCUUUGAGGGCUCGGCCUGUCAGUGCGCGGUGUCUGACGUAGGCUGUCGUACGCUGAACAACUCCGUGUGCUUCGGCCGAGGAACCUGCAAAUGUAACCGCUGUCAGUGUAAGGAGGGAUACCAGCGGCCACACUGCCAGCAGUGCCUUGGCUGCCCUGACCCAUGCCAGACCAAGCUGAACUGCAUUGAAUGCCUUGGAUUUGAAUCCGGCCCUUUUAAAAAGAACUGCACUGUGGCAUGCAGCCAGAGUAUUUAUCAUGAGAUGGUGGACCACUUCCUGUUAACAAGCAAACCAUGUCAGCAGAAGGACUCGGAGGGCUGCUGGGUUACUUUUAAGCUUGAACAACUGGUUGGAGAGGAUAACUACAAGGCUGAGAUUCUGAAACAGCGAGUCUGUCCAGAGCCACCCAGCGUCAUUGCUAUAAUCGGAGGCUCCAUAGCAGCAGUGGCUCUUAUUGGCAUCAUGCUGCUGAUGCUCAUCAAGUUAUUAAUCUACAUGAGAGACCUGAAAGAGUUCCGAAAGUUUGAAAAUGAAAAGAAAAAAUCCAGAUGGGCAGAGGCUGACAACCCACUGUUCAAGAACGCCACUACCACUGUGGCUAACCCCACUUUCACUGGAGAGUGAAAGCCUCCACUGCAGCACAGCCAUCAAUCUGCACAGCUCUGUUCAUUUGCUUGACAACAGAAGCCGUCUCUGAUUGCCUUAUUUAUGUGACUGAAUUUGCGUUGUACUAUACACACAGGGACAUUAUCCGCAUAUUUAAGAAGCAUGAGUAAUCCAUUUUUUAUUUACUCUUUCUAUGAUGAUUUUAUAUGAAAUUAUAUUUAAUCUUUUCAAAUGAAAUCUUUCAGGUUCAUGUAAAUGAACUAGCUACUCCUUUGCACCUCCUCUGGACUCUGUUUACAUCCUUCGACCUGGGUCACACUUUUUCUUACAAUUACUGCACGAGGAGUUUCUAAUGUCCUCGUAUUCUCUGAGCAAUGACUUGUACAUGUGUUUGUACCAACUGACUUUUUGUCUCUUUUGACCAAGAGGAACUGGAUUUGAAGGUGUGUGCUACAGCGAGAUGGUUCACAUGGACCACCACAGAAAUGGGUGGAUGAUGAAAUGCAUGCAAUUGAUGACAUUGAAGACUUUGACCAAUCACAGAACAGUUUAGAGAGAGAGCAUUCCUAUUGAUGUUUUACUAAAUCUACUCUAAUCUAAUCUAAUCUACUGCAGACACACGUAGUGAGGACAAUAUCCAAAAUAAGGGACUACAGGCAGGCUUAAUGCAAUGACGACACAGAAGCGAUGUCGAGCAGCUUUUUGAUCUACGUUCCUUUUUUUCGACUCAUAUUCAGUCUGACAUGAGAUUGAGAUGCAGAAUGAUAGUAUUUUUGAUGUGCGAUUGAGUGUCCAGCAAUCCUGCUUACUGCAGCUUUAAUUUCACUUCUCUUUUUUCAUAUCAAAAUGGUAGUUACGGUUUCUCAUGUGCGAUAUUGCUGAUUACCGUAAGUUAAGUAUCAUAAUCAGCUUCACUUUGCAUACAAUGGAACACUUUGUGUCUGAGUAUGUCUGUAUACAGUAAGUGAAGGCAGUGCAUUUUGAAAGGUUUAAUAAAAACAAUAAAAUAAUAAUGAUAAUAACAAUAAAAACUUGUUUUAAUUGUUUUCUCUCAUGUUCCUCCUUGUUUCCAAGUAUACUGUGGCAAAUACUAUUAAGACACUAAUGCAGUCUGAUCCAUGUUGAAAUCUGCAGUCAGGAAAUCAUCUUUACAGCAAAGUAAAAUAAAUAUGUUUCAUUUCAA